AUGAACGAUAAAGAGCAAAAGAAGCAUGCGAAGAUUAUCGAAGGUAUAAAAUAUUUACAAAAUGAAAAUUUACUCCUUGAAAAUUUAAGUGCGAUUGAUAAAAAUUGUAGGAGACAAGAUAACCAUGUAGCGAUAGAACUGAUUGACAUAUUCCUAGAUGAGAAUAGUUAUUGUUGUAAUGAAAAUUUUCUUUUUAAUUAUAAUAUAUUAAAUAAAAGUAAGGAAUUAAAUUUAAAUGCUGAGAAGAAGAAUAAGUCAAGUUUUGCUAAACAGUUUAAAGUACAUGUUAAAAAUAAAAAUAUAGAAAAAAUAAAUGAAGAAGAUGCCUAUUAUUUUUUGUUAAAAAAAAAAAAUGUAUGUAGUUACAGUAGGGAAUUUAUAAAUUCUAAGAAAAUACUGUUUCAGUAUAUUUGCAAUUGUGUUUUAAAAAAUUAUGUGCAUAUAAAUUAUUUGAUAGAUAAGAUAUAUGUAGAUUUUGAGGUUAAAAAUAAUAGAAAUAAUAGAAGUAGUAAUAAUGGAAUUAAUAGUGCUAGAAAUAAUAACACCAAACGUGUAAUUUGCAAUGACGAUUUAGUAAACAUUUUAAUAGAAACAAUAUUUAAACUUUUUAUUACGAGCAUUGACCGUCAAAGCGACAUAGAUGAUGAACGAAGUGAAAAUAGGGUUUUUCAGUAUGCAAAAGAUAUUCAAAAAAGCUAUUUAAUGCAUUCAAAAGAACAACCACAAGAAGGAGUAGGGGGAAAGUCUGGAAAUCAGUCUAUUAAUUAUAUUAAUAACAUUAAUUAUACUAAUUACCUGAGCAUUUUAAAAAAAUUAAUUACCAUUGAUAAAAGUUUUGUAAAAAAUAUAUUUUAUAUAUUUAUAGAGAAAAUAGAAAAAUUAACCUCAACAAAUAUAGAAAAAGUAUGUAAACACAUUUUUAAUAUAUUUAAAGAAAUUAUUUGCCACUGUGAAGAAUUUGAAUUAAGUACAGUUUAUAAUAUAUUCUUAAAUAAUGAGGUAAUUGAUAAAAAUGAAGUCUUGUAUAAUUAUGCCAUUAUUCUUUGUUUAAUAAAUCUUCGAAAUGUGUACAAUACGUACAAUAUGAUGUUAUGCAUGAACGUAAUUUUAGGUAAAUUAUGCUCAACUAAUAAAUCUAAUUUAAGGCAUUCCCUUUUUAUAAAUGAUGAGAGAUGUUGUAGAAGGGGUAGAAAAAUUGAACAUGUCAAAUAUCUUGAAUGUGAAAAAAGUGAAUCAGGAAUAUAUGAUGAAAAUGAUAGAACAAGCUGCGAGGAGGACGUUACAUUGUAUGAUGGCGAUGAAAAUGAUGGGGAUUUUCAAAUAAUUGGGAUAGGUGAAAACGAAUCAGAAUACAAUGAAAACAAAAGGAGUAAACAGCUAAAUAAUGGUAGGUGUAUGCAAAUGUAUAAAGAACAAAUUGAGGAGAGAAAGAUCAAACAUUUUAUUAUAUUUCUACUAAUCUAUGCACUAAAGAUUUACGAUAUAAGUUACGUAAAUGGAUGCUUAAAUGAGCUAGUUAAAAAUUUUUUUUAUUUAUUAAAAAAAAAGAGACACUUGUUGAAUAAGAAAGUUCAUCAUAUUAUAAAAACGAUAGUAUUCCUGCUAAUCUUAAUAUUCUACAACUUAAAUAUUGACAACAAUAAAACGGUUAUAUAUAUUUUAAAAUGUUUAGAUAUUUUGCUGCGAAUUUAUUACAAAAAUGUGGUAUUAUGCGAAGAACUGGGUGAAAGGUCAUUGAACAUGAAUAAUAGUAGCAGAGAGGAAAACAACAAUAAGAAUGUAGUUAGUUUAGAUGAUAAUGUAAAUUCUCCUUUUGAUGUGGAUAGCAAACCAUUUAUUGAUAAGGCGAAGAGAGACGGGAUAAGAAACUCAAAAAUGUUUAAGAAAAAUGCAGUUGUGAAAAAAAAAAAAAAUUAUGAUAUUGAUAUUACACAUAACAGUAUUGGAUGGGAAGACGAAAAAAGAAUUGACCCUUGUAAUAUUUUGGGGAUAAACAUUUUUGAAUUCAACGUAUCUCCUCUUUUAUUAUUUUUAAUAAUUCCUAUAAAUCUUGAAUACAACUUGAGGAAAAAAGAUGACCUUGUUUUGAAUAAUGUAAAUGACAAAGUUAUGAGGCUCUCAACAAAGUUAAAAAAUAAAUGGAUGUUAUUCUUUAAAAAUUAUUAUAGGCAUUUCCUGGACUUUUUGAGAAAAAAGGAGAGAAUGAUGCAAAAGGGUAGGGGAAAUGCGAACAUCAACGUGGAGAGAGGAAGCGAGGGAUGCAGCGAGGGAAGCAUCAAAAAUAAUGCCGAGAACAGCAAGCAGAAUUGCAGUCAGAACAGCGAUGAAAGCAAUAACGAAAGCAAUGACGAAAGCAAUAACGAAAGCAAUGACGAAAGCAGUGACGAAAGCAAUGACGAAAGCAAUGACAAACGCAUUAACAAAAGGAAUGACGAAAGAAGUGAUGGUGAUAGUAAAAACAACGAUGGAGAUGACGUGAAUGGACGAUGCUUCAGUAUAAUGGAAAACAUAAGGGAAGAGGUGAGGUACUUAAUCAGCGAAGUGCAUGAUUUUUGCGAAGAAGAUCUUUUUAACAUCCUGUGCUUAAAUAAUAUAUUAUUUUAUUUAUAUGAUAUAUUUACGCACAUUGACUUGAUAUAUUUAAUAUGUUUUUUUCAAUUAUGUACGAAAUAUAAUGACUAUUUUUGCUGUGUAAAUAUUAAGAAGAUAACUUACCAGCUGAAUGCCCUCUUAAAUGUGCAUACAAAAUUGUGCAUUAACACAUUUGAAAAUUUAAAAAAUGAGAAUAUAUCAAAAUGCACAUAUAUAUAUAUAAAUUUGUUGAUCUUGUCCUUAUUUGAGUACAAUUUAUUUUUUGUUUUUAAAUUUAUUUCUUACUACUGUUUAAUAAAUCCGUCUGAGUUGCUAAAAUUGCUUCCUUCCUUAUUGUUCAUAUAUAAUAUGUCAUAUGAGAAUCAUUCUAUAGAUAUUAAUGGAGAUUUUAAAAUAAGAAAGUGCUUAAACAUUCCAAGUGAUCAAAGAAAUGUGUAUUAUAUGUUUGUGAUAAGAAGUUUAAUUCUGCAUGUCUUAUCGAAAAUUGGUUGUAGUGAUAAUAAUAUUCCGGUUAUUUACAAUUGUAUUUACAUUUUACUGAGUGAGGGAAGUAGUAAAAUGAAAAAAGGAGAGCCCUCAACGGAUGAUUCGAGAAGAGGAAGUGGAUACCUAAUCGUAUGUGGAAAUGUAAAAGUAAAUGCAAAUGUGAGUGCAAAUGUACAUGUUAAGGACGGUCUUAUUAGAUCAUAUAAUGUAGACGAAAAUAAUAUCAUAGAUACCGAUUUUUCGUACGACGGUAUGUUCAACACGCUUUAUCUUUUAUAUUUCUAUGAUAAAUUAAUUGACAGCAAUGAGAACAUAAUGAGUAAAUAUUUCAAAUAUGUAGAAAAAAGUACUCUUCACGUACAACAGGGUACAGAUGAUGAUGAUCAGUGUAACUACGCAGCAUCUUCUAAUCGAAUGAAUAACAACGUAAAUGAUGAUUAUAAUAAGGACAACAUUAAUAACACUAAAACGAAUUACAAUGAAAAACUUGUGAAUUGCUUGGAGGAAGAUAUAAAUAUAUUUUGUGACCUUAAGAACGUUUUGAUUUUGCUAAAGAUAAGCAGAUAUUACAACGUUAGUAAUUACAUAAAUAGUAUUAUUAAAUUAAUAAACAUAUAUUUCCGUAAAUAUAAGAACCAAGUUAUUUAUAAUAAUUUUUAUAAUAAGAUACAAAAUAGUAUAAUAAAAAUAAGCAUACUAAUUUUAAUUGUGUUAUCAAUGAAUAAAUAUGUAGAAUUUGAAAUUAUUUAUAAUUUAUUGAAAAAAAAUUUUCUAAAAAAUAAGAAUUAUAAUGAAUUUAAUACAUACAGCACAAACAUAAUUUCGUCCGUCAUUAUAUUCACAAGAUAUUAUAUCAACAAUUUGGUGUAUAAAAAAGAUACGUUGUGUAAUGAGCAGUACGAUAUUUUAUAUCACUCUAAAAUAAAGUAUAUUUUUAAAGAUUUUUCAAAAUUAUUAAGCCUAAAUAAUGAAAAAAUUUUGGAAGAAGUGAUUAAUGUUUUGUCAUCCAUAUAUUUAAUAUAUUACAAAAAUUAUCAAGUAGAGGGUCAAGAUACUAUUGCUUAUUAUGAAAAUAGAAAAAAGGAAUGCAAUAACACAGGUUUAGACAAUAGCACAAACAGAGUGUACAGUGUGAAUAAUAAUUUGAUGUUCAAUUUAAACAUGCAUGAAGAAAAAGACUUAAUGAACUUAUAUUUUGAUAAACAUUUUGUGCAUAAGUCUUUUUUAAAAUGUAAAUCUGAGAAUAACAUUUACAAAAAUUUACAAAAAGUUAUUCUUAAAGAUGAAAUUAGUAAUCUUUCUUUGUAUCAUUUAAAAAACAUGAACAGUAACAACAAUAAUCAUUUAAUAAGGGUAUUGUACAAGCUAUUUAAUGCAAAUAUUAAAAAUGACAAAAAUUCAAAUUUUAAUUAUUACAUUAAAUUACUUUUUAGUGAUAAAUUUCAAAACAUUCAAGAGAUAAUUUUAAUUUUUAAAAAUUUGCACUUUUUUAAUGUUCAUUAUAUUUCUUUAUUUUUUUACAUAGUAGACUGUUUUUUUCAAAAAUUAAAGAACAAAAUAGAAAAUAAGGAAGAAUUCAUUUUACACCAUACCCACAAGACAAGAGGGAAGGAUAAUUCGAUGGAUGAUGAAUCGAACGGAGAUGAAAAUGUGUUGGGGGGUACCACCAGAAUUAACAUGGUAAAUACAAGCAAAAGUAAUGUCGUUAAUGUGAUAAAGGAAAAGGGGAAGGAUAAAAGUAUGAACUCAACUUAUGAAAUUAUUUGUAAUAAUAUAUAUGAAGAAAUAAAAAGCAUGAUUUUUGAAGAGAAUAUAAAUAUACAUGUAUUUUACCCAUUACUUAGCAUAUUAUGUAAACAUAACAAUGAUAUAAAUGAAAUUUUAGAUUUUUUUUACAAACGAGUCGAUAUCUAUAUGAAAGAUAAUGAUACCAAAUUAAAUGUGAGUAAAAACGAAAUGAUAAUAAUUUUUCUUUGUUUAAAUUAUGUGCAUAUGAAUGUUUCUCAAAUACCAAAUUUUUAUAACUUCUUAACGAAUUUGCUUAAAGAAAUAUCAGAUAAGUACAUUAAAAACAUUCUUUUAUUUUGUUUAAGUUCGUGUUGUAAUUAUACUGAUGUAAGUAGUUCUCAUAUUACUGCUAUAUUGGAAGUACAUAAGGAAAAUUUGAAAUGUAUAUUAAAUUAUGACAAUGGAAAUACUUCUUCUAUUAGGUUAGAGGAAAAUAUAAGGGAAGAUUAUAAUAAUAAAAAUAAGUUAAAUAAUGAUCUUUCAUACAUAGAAAAUACGAAUUCGAAUGAUACACACGAGUUGAAUAAUGAUGAUAAUUUCUACUUUUUUAUUUCUUUGAGUAACUUAUGCUUUUAUUUAUAUAAACAUUAUAACAACAGUAAAUAUGAUCACAUGGUAAAGGAUAUUUACCAUAUUAUAAUAAAUUCGCUGCAAAAGAAAAUUAGUAACGUUAUAGUUAGUGUAACGAACAUCUUAAUGUAUUUAUAUAUAAAAAAAAUAAUUAGUAUGUACGAAAUAACAAGCACUUUGAAACUUCUUAUAACACGUAUAGGCAGUAAUCAUGUGUUUAACUCAAAAUAUGUUGUAUACGCCUUAUGCACCAUUUAUCGCUUCGUAUCAUUUUAUUAUAAAGAGAAUUUUGGUUGUAUUACGUAUGAGCAAAGUAAUUCGAAUGAUGGUAGUAAUAUUGGAAGCAGUAACAAUACGAGUAACAAUACGAGUAACGUCAUUAGUAAUAACAUUAGUGGUGAAAGAUAUAGUACUAGUAACAACUGCUGCAAGAGUGUGAAAGGAGCGGUAGGGUUUAUAUUGAAUAAUUUACAGAAAAUUAUAGUGAAAUAUUUCGACGAAUUAGAAGACAAAUAUAUCAGCUUGAUUUCGUAUUGUUCUUUAAUAGGAUUAAAAAUUGUAGGGGAAUAUAUUUCGUCUGACUAUUUUAAUAAUUACGAAUGCUGCAAUAUGGUUAUAUUAUUUAUAAACAGAUUUAUAAAGAAAGAUUUUGAAAUAAAAAAAUGCAUAAACACAACAAAUAGAAUUUUAGCAAAUACUAGCGAGUCGGAGGAUGAAAUUGAAAAUGGGGGUGUUUUCGGCGAUAAAAAUGCUCAAUAUAAUGAAGACAGGAAGGGAGAGCAGCCGGAGCAGGAGCAGAUCGAGAAGUUGAAGCCGAAGGGAAUUUUGACUAGUGAUGAAAACCUUUUUGCGUAUAAUAAUAACAACUACAAGUUGAAUACCGAUAUUAUAGUGAAUGAUCAUGAUACCAAUUUAGUACUUCUGUACAUGUUUUGUUAUAAAUAUUAUGAAGAAUUAAAUGACUCUUUAAUUAAAAUUGAAAAUUUAGAUAAAAAACAUAUGUUGUAUAACGUAUUUUCACACCUGUUAAGUAUUGAAAAUUAUUUGAAAACUUUUUUAAAAACAUGCAAACUUUUAGACAUAGAUACAUUUUCAUUAAAUAGGGACAAAGAAUAUGAAGAUAUAAAAUUGAAUAUGUCAUUUGAUAAUAAGGAAAAUACUAUGAGUUACUUAAACUUUUUUAGCGAUGAAUUAUAUGACUAUUUAAAUAACUUUUUGAAAAUAAUGAAAUUAAUAAAUUAUAUAAAAUUUGAUGUUCAGAUAAAGAACAAUAUUCAGAAUUUGUAUUCAUAUAUAUGCAAAUUCAUAAAAAUUCAUUACAUAAUAUUAGAUGUGUUAAUAUUAAAAAUUAUGGAAAAUAUAAAUGAUAAUAUAAAAAGUUAUUAUAAAAUUUAUAAGGAGUGCAUAAAAAGGGUUCAAUUAUUAUACGAAUGUAGAAUUAGUAUAUUUAAUUAUUUCACAAUUUUUAGUGCAUUUAGUAAUUCUUAUAGUCAUAUUUUUUGUAUCAUCAGCAAUUAUUUUAAUACCUUCAGUACAUAUGAAAAAUACAUGUUUAUUAAAAAUAUAAUUAAUAUUAAAAAAAUUAAGAAGGAAGAAAUUAAAUUCAUUUUUUUGAACAUCCUGAAAAAUGCAAAGCUGUUUCAUCAAGACGCCUCCCUAUGGAUUUACGCUAUUUCAGUUUUAAAAAUUUUAUUAAAAAGAAUAUAUAAAAUUGUAAGAAAUGGUGAGGGGGAUAAGGAGGAUGGAAAGAACUACUAUGAUUUAUUAUCUUAUAUAAAAUAUUCCUUUAUUACUGUUCUUAACGAAACGGUCUUAACUGUAUAUAGGGAAAAUUAUUAUAAUCAUUCCACGUUAUAUGGGUGCGGUGAGAUAGUGAAAAGGGAGGAAGUGUUACCAGAGAGGAUCCUACAGGAGAAAAUGCUUAGUGAAAAGAGUGGAAGAGAAUGUAAUAAGGUGAAAAAAGAGGAGAAAUAUAAUGCAAAAGAUAGGAGGAUGUUAAAUAAUUCCUCAAAAAACAAAGGAGAAAUUAAUCGGGAAGAUACUGUUCCUAUAAGAGGCGCACAGACGAAGGACAAUAUCAAUCUAUAUAAACGCACUUAUGUAGAUAUCCCGCUCAAUGUUAUGUUAUGUAUAAGUGACUUUUUAUUUUGCUUGUGUAAAAUAAUAAUUAAAGAAAAACUACAUGAGGAAAUAAACAUUGAUGAGAUGAUAAAAGAUUUUCCAAUUCUAAUACAAGGAUAUGUUAUAUUAAAAUUAAAGGAACCGUUCAAAAAAUUAAAUAUAAUUAAAAGCAAAAUGUUAUUUCAUGUAUUUAAGUAUAAUUUUACAUUUAAAGAAAAUAUACAAGACUUUUAUUGUGCUGAGGAAAAAUACUGUAGUAAUAAUAACAAGAGCGUGUUAACAUUAAAAUUUAAUUAUAACAAGUUAACUGAGUAUUUUCAAAAUAUUUUCUUGAUUAAAGAAUGUAUUUAUUUAUCAUACAUAUAUUCUCAUUUUAAUGAGAAACAGAAAAUAUUAGAAAACUUAUUAUCAAUGUGUAAUGUUAGCCAGCUUAAUAAGGAUUAUCUCUAUAUAAUAAUUUCUUCUUUUGUUUUAUUUUCCAUGAAAAGUAGUAAUAGUUCAUUUUUUAUUAACAACGUUUUGUACAACUUUUAUGUUACAAACGAUUUAAUUGACAACAUUGGUAAAUUUUUAGCUAGCGUAGAAAUGAAUAUUUCUUUUUCAAUUAAGAGGGAAGAAAAACAGAGCUCAAGAAUAAAAAAGGCAAAUUGUAAUUUAAACCAUGAAGGUGUAAGGAGCAGAAUUUUUGAAUAUAAUGGGAAUAAUAACAUAAAUAAUGAGAGCAAAAAACUAGAGGAGCAUAGUGAUAAUGGUAUAACAACAACUAAAGGAAUGGUAGAGAAACAAUGUGUGAGAGAGGAAGACGAAAGUGCAAAAAUAUUUUUUAUCAUUGAAGAAGAAUUUGUAAGAACAAAAAUGAGAAAUUCCUUUCGAAGUAAAAAAAAUAAGCUACUUAAGGAAAGUAAUUUAGUGGACGAAAUAAUUUUAAAAAAAGAAUUUUUUUUUUUAAAAAAAUUAGGAAUAUAUUAUUUGAUUAAAAAUAAUGAAAGAAGUACAGAGUUGUCAAAAAAAUAUAACAAAUUGCUUUCCCAUUUCCGCAAAAGCGAAAAACAAGAUUUCUUUAUUAAACAUUAUGAUAUACAUGCUUUAAAUUAUAAGGAUAUUAGUAGAUAUUUAUAUAAUCAGGAUAUUAUCGAUGACUCUUAUUAUAAUAAUAAUUUUUUUAACAAAAAUAUAGAAGAUAAUUCUUUUGUUUCAUUUGACUAUGAAAUAUUUUCAAAAUAUCUGACUGUUCCCUUAUUUAUGAAAGAUGUCUUCACAUUUUUCGAAUUAAAUUUAAACAAAAAUAUUGUCACGCACAGUUUUGGUGAACUAUUCCAUAAAAAUAAAAAAUCUGAUAAGAAACAGAAGGAGCAUGGCAAAAAUUUGUAUGAUUAUGAUACCCCUAUGUCAGAUUCGUCAGAGGAUGAAAAUAGCAUGGAAAAAUUAUUAUUUGAUCAAAAACAGAAAAAAAAAAAGAAAACAUUACUAUAUGAUAACACUCUGCUUAAUUAUUUAAAAAGUAGGUCCCAUUGUUUAAAUAAUUAUGAACUGUAUAUAGCAAAUAUAAGUUUUUUAAGUGAAGAUAUCAAGAAUAUAUUAUUCGAUAAAAAUGCGUUUAACAAAAAUUGCGUUCAUAAAAAUAGUUAUAGGAAUGAUUUCGUUAAUCAUUUUCACUUGUUACGGAUGUUUUUUAAAAAUUUAAUCUUGUUUUUUAUGAUUUUUCCCAAAAGCAUUAUUCUGAAUAAUUCAGAAUAUUUUUUUCCCGAUAAUAAAAAUCAUUUCCUUUUUAAGGUUAUAAAUUUCCUAUCAGAAGAUUUUGUGAAUAAGUAUUCAUGA